AUGGCUCCGCCCGAGGAGCGAACAUCGGCGAUACCGAUGGUUUAUUUCCGCAAAUCGUUCGCUAUCCGGCCUGCUACCCUCGAAAUCCUCCAUAAGCUUGAGGAGACUGAAACUGUCCAUGCAACUUGUUCGGUUGUGCUAGCGCAGAUAAGUUCUACUCCUAUCUCCAAGUUGAUGAAUGACUUGAAGUUGAUGGCUGUAACUUUUUCCCGUCAACCAUCAACUCGAGUCGAGCGAUACGAAGUGUUCUCACCAGUUCCAUCAUUGUCCAAACCACCAACCAACAAGAUUUUUUGGGUAUCAAGAUCAUUAAGGAUAACGUGGGGAGAUACGCCCGGACACUGGAGAUGGAUCUCCCUCCCUAAUUCUAGAUUCGCCGAGUGCGCGGAGCUGCUAGACGUGCAUUGGUUGGCAGUCAUCGACACACCCUAUGCAGCCUACCUAGUGGUCGUCGCCACCAGCCGUGUUAGUGUUGAUCCUGCAGCCCGCAGCGGAGCCUCCGAUGUGUCCUACCCUACCGAGAGGGACGACGGCUGGAUGGAGGUGAAGCUGGCAGAAUUCAGUAACGAUGAGAGGAUGCUCACGGAGGCAGCGGUGAUGGUGGAUUUCCGCGAGGUGAACGACCAUGUCAAGAAAAUUGGCCUCAUCGUUGAGGGCCUGGAGUUUAGGCCCACUAUCCAUUAA